GUGUGUGUGUGUGUGUGUCUCUCUCACAGGUGUGUGUGUGUGGAUCAUGGGCCGUAUCUUCUUGGAUCACAUCGGUGGCACGCGUCUCUUCUCCUGCGCUAACUGUGACACAAUCCUGACGAACCGCUCCGAGCUGAUCUCCACACGCUUCACCGGCGCCACCGGACGAGCUUUCCUCUUCAACAAGGUGGUGAACCUGCAGUACAGCGAGGUGCAGGACCGCGUGAUGCUGACCGGCAGACACAUGGUGCGAGACGUCAGCUGCAAGAACUGCAACAGCAAGCUGGGCUGGAUCUACGAGUUCGCCACCGAGGACAGCCAGCGCUACAAGGAGGGCCGCGUGAUCCUGGAGCGAGCGCUGGUGCGUGAGAGCGAGGGCUUCGAGGAGCACGUCCCGUCAGACGCCUCCUGAGAUCGCUCUCAGAUCACAGAUUCACCAAUAAACAUGCACAGCAGGUCGAGAGCUUCAGAUGCACAAACAAACAAAUGCGGCACGUAACCACCAGAUCAUCUGAUCACCAGCGGAUGGCAGUUCAGAUUAUUUGACAGUAAUGCAUAUGUUCAUGGCUUCUUUCCCGUGUUUCACACAUGUUUCCUCUGUAAGUAUGGAGUUCUGUUUGUGCCAAAAGUGUAGACUGCUUUGUCGAUGUCUGCUGUUAAUGCUGUUGUUUUUGUCCAUACUUUAGAAGUCUGUCUUCUCAGUUCUGUAUGGAUAUCCAUAUAAACAAACAGAACUGGCUCAAUAAUGAGUUUAUCACCAUUUUUCUAAAACUUUGAAUAUUAUGACAAUAUAGAUGAUGACUAUAGAUUGAUUACGGAAAAAGUUUUAGAAAACUCUUAUUGGGA